GUAGUCACGGAUAUCUCUCGAGUAAUGGAGUGAUAAUUCGCUCCACGUUAAUUCGAUUAGAUCUCGCGGUCCCGAAAUACGUUGCUCGUUCUUCGUAAUCAACGUUGUACUGUUUCAGGCAAAUCAACGUUAAACUGGCUACGUAAUACGCGUUUAUUACUUGGCCGGAUUUCUUUAUUACGGUAGAUGCUACUGUAAGGACUUGGCACGAAACAGGACAAUCCCAAAAUGCAGCAGCAGUCAGUAAUGGAAGAGGGAACGGCCUACGAGCCACCUACUUAUGAUGAAACAUUCCCUGUCCUUCCCGAAUCAUCUAGCUCCAAUUCUGGACAGUUAAAUAUAUUUUCUAUAAACAACAGUUUACAACUUGGGCGUAUAACUAUUACACAGAUGUUCCGCGUACCGGGGGAAGAGCGCAAGUUUGAUCACAGUGAUAAAUUUGGCGAACGUGAAUCUAUCCGUACAUGUAAAACCAUUAUGAAAGAAACAAAUACUAUUAUUGAAAUUGCAUCAUCUAAGGAUCAGUCUCUAACAUUUCUUAUAACUGGAAAGCAAAAUCAGGUUCUGGAAGCCAAACGGCGCAUUUUAACAACAUUUCAAACUCAGGCAAGUAAGCAGAUUAGUAUUCCUAAGGAUCAUCAUCGUUGGAUUCUUGGAAAGCAAGGACAGAGAUUGAAAGAUCUGGAACAGAAAACUGCUACAAAGAUUAAUGUUCCUGGUGUGCAAGAUCAAUCAGACAUAAUAACAAUAACAGGAACAAAGGAAGGCAUAGAAAAGGCUGAACAUGAAAUUAGAGUUAUCUCUGAUGAACAGUCUAGAAAAGCUUUCGAAAGGAUAACUGUGCCAAAAAUAUAUCAUCCAUUCAUAUAUGGUGCGCAUAAUGAAAAUCUCAAUGUUAUGAUAGCGGAAACUGGUGCUCGCAUCAAUAUCCCUCCUGCAUCAGUACAGCAGGAUGAGAUAACUAUAGCUGGGGAGAAGGAAGGAGUUUUAGCUGCAAAGCAAAAGAUUGAAAGUAUCUAUAAAGACAUGGAAAAAAGAUGUACUACGGUAUCUGUAGAAGUUCCCAAAUCUCAGCACAAAUAUGUAAUUGGACCACGUGGUAGUACCAUAGCAGAGAUAUUACAAACAACUGGUGUAAGUGUAGAAAUGCCUGCACCUGAUUCUGCAACUGGUACCAUAACCCUUAGAGGACCCCAAGAGAAACUUGGUCAGGCACUUAACAAGGUGUAUGAAAAGGCAAACAGUGUUCGUACUGCUGUGGUGGAAGCUCCAGUUUGGAUACAUAAAUACAUUAUUGGACGCAAGGGUGUAAAUAUCAAGAAAAUUACCCAAGAAAUGCCAAAAGUAAAUGUAGAGUUUACAGGAAAGGAAGAUAAAAUUAAAAUAGAAGGUCCACCUGAGGAAGUAGAGAAAGCACAAAACGAGCUGCAACUCAUGGCCAAUGAUCUUAUUGCUAAGCUCACUUUCACAGAAUUGAAUGUUGAUCCAAGAUUUUACAAACAUAUCAUUGGGAAAAACGGUUGCAAUGUGAACCGUGUUAAAGAAGGAACAGGUGUGGUGAUUAGUAUCUCUGAAAAUGAUGGCAGUAAUAUCAUUCGUAUUGAAGGCAAUCUUGCUGGUGUGUUAAAAGCUCAAACAGAACUUGUAGAAAUGGUGAAAAAGCUAGAGAAUGAGAAAGAAAAGGAUGUGAUUAUAGAUCACAGAUAUUAUCGUAACAUAAUUGGUAACAAAGGAGAUAAUAUCAAAGAGAUUAGAGAUAAAUUCAAUCAAGUACAAAUUACUAUACCUGGACCAGGUGAAAAAGGAGAUAUAGUGAAGAUUAGAGGACCCAAAGAAGAUGUUGACAAGUGCCAUAAACAUCUAAUGAAGCUAGUGAAAGAAUUAAAUGAGAGUAAUCAUGUAUUGGAAGUACCUAUUUUUAAACAAUUUCACAAGUUUGUCAUUGGAAAAGGCGGCGUUAAUAUCCGCAAGAUCAGGGAAGAGACACAAACAAAAAUCGAUUUACCUGCUGAAGGCGAAAAGAGCGAUGUUAUUACUAUUACUGGAAAGAAAGAAAAUGUGGAGAAAGCUAAAGAAAUGAUACAAAAGAUUCAAAAUGAAUUGGCUAACAUUGUUACUGAGGAAAUUACUAUUCCACCAAAGUUUUACAAUUCCCUCAUCGGUACUGGAGGUAAAUUAAUACAUUCUAUUAUGGAAGAUUGCGGAGGUGUCACAAUUAAAUUUCCUACGGCGGAAAGUAAAAGCGAUAAGGUCAGCAUCAGAGGGCCAAAGGACGAUGUGGAGAAAGCGAAAGCGCAACUCUUAGAACUAAGCAAUGAGAAGCAAUUAUCUAGUUUUUCGGCUGAAGUGCGUGCCAAAGUUCAACAUCAUAAAUUUCUCAUUGGAAAGAAUGGUGCCAACAUCAAAAAGAUAAGAGAAUCCACAGGGGCACGGAUUAUAUUCCCAACGGACGAAGAUCAAGAUAAAGAAGUGAUUACAAUUAUAGGCAAGAAGGAAGCAGUCGAGAAAGCUAAAGCUGAAUUGGAAGCCACAAUUAAGGAAAUUGACAAUAUUAUCGAGGGUGAAAUUCGUAUCGAUCCUAAACACCACAGACAUUUCGUCGCGCGAAGGGGCGGCGUUCUGCAUCGAAUCGCCGACGAAUGCGGCGGCGUGCAGAUAUCGUUCCCGCGAGCGGGCGUCGACAGCGAUCGCGUUAUCUUGAAAGGUUCACACGAAUGCAUAGAAGCUGCGAAACAACGUAUGCGAGAAAUCGUUCAGGACUUGGAAUCUAUGGUAACGGUGGAAUGCAUAAUACCACAAAAGCACCAUCGCACGGUAAUGGGUGCCAAGGGUCGCAAGGUGCAAAAUAUAACAUCCGAAUACGACGUGCAAAUCAAAUUUCCCGAUCGCGAUGUUUAUGAAGAACAAAAAAUACCAGAACAGAUUAACGGCGAAAAUGGAGAAAUCGGAGAAAUUGUCCUAGCUUGCGAUAUAAUUCGUAUUACCGGACAACCGGAGAACGUUGCUGCCGCCAAGCAAGCUCUACUCGAUCUCGUGCCUAUUACGAUUCAAGUAGACGUACCGUUCGAUUUUCACCGCUCGAUAAUUGGGCAGAAAGGUAAAGAUGUGCGGGAAUUAAUGAAUACGUAUGACGUACACAUUAUGCUCUCCCCGGCAGAGGAAAAACUUGAUUACAUCAAGAUCUCUGGAACGCCGUCGUGUGUUCAAAGUGCCAAGGAAGCUAUACUUGAAAAAUGCGAGACAUUGAAAGCCGAACGAGAAGACCGAGCAUUAAAGUCCUUUGAAUUGAAGCUCGAAGUCGAUCCGGAAUAUCAUCCAAAAAUAAUUGGUCGAAAAGGAGCGGUGAUCAGUAAAAUACGUAGUGACCACGAUGUUCAAAUUAACUUCCCGCGCAAGGGUGAUCCCGAGGAGCACAUUAUCACGAUAACUGGAUAUGAAAAGAAUGCGUACAGUGCCCGGGACGAUAUCAUGAAGAUCGUCAACGAAUUGAAUGGCUUGACUAAAGAGGAAGUACAGAUAAACGCUGCUGUGCACUCGCGCUUGAUCGGUGCAAAAGGUAGAAACAUUCGUAAAAUAAUGGACGAAUAUAAAGUAGACAUAAAGUUCCCGAGGAAAACCGAUGCCGAUCCUAAUAUCGUAACAAUCGUGGGAGCGGAAGAGAAUGUAGCCGAUGCGAGGGAACGUUUACUAAAUCUAGAGGAGGAAUACAUGCAAGAUGUGAUAGAGAAUGAAUAUCGCGAGAGUCUGCGUUCGCCUCAACGCGACGAUGGCAACGUCGGCGGUAACGAAAACGAUACUGGCUUCAUUGUGAAGGGGGGACCGUGGGAGCAGCAGCAGCAGCAACAUCAGCAGCCUCAAAGCGCGCCCAAUACAGCCAGCGUGGAAGAAUUUCCGCAAUUCGCCGGUUAUUCUCACGUGCCCGUCGCGACCCCAGACGGUCCCUGGGGAAUAAAGCGUUAAAAAACAUAAUCUAAAAAAAAUUCAUUAAACAAAGAAAGAAAAAAAGAUAAAAAAAAAAAAAAAACAA